AUGAAGCAGAGAUAUACUUUUUUAGACAUCCGAGCGACGGUCAACGAGCUGCGACCUAGAUUGGUAGGGAAAUUCAUCCAGAACUUUUAUACAACGUCGCAGAGAAUCAUCUACAUAAAGUUUAGUAACAAGGACAUUCUUCUUGUUGAGCCCGGGGUUAGGAUUCACUUGACACAAGAACAUGAUAUGGACAUCUCCCACUUCUGUAAGAUUCUACGAAGGAAAGCCCGAAGAGACAAGGUUGUUGAUAUAUACCAGUGUGGAUUUGAUCGUGUUGUUGUUCUGGAGCUUGGAAGACAGAAGAUUGUGUUUGAAUUCUUCUCUGGAGGAAAUAUUUUGAUUGUAGAAGACGGGAAGAUAUCGGAAAUAUUCCGAAUUGUCAAGGACCUAGAUAUUGUCAAAGGGUCUGAAUAUGUAUUUAAUAAUGUUGAUUUUGACCUGAGUAUUGACGCCUUUGUUAAGAACGAUUUAAAGGACUUCCUUCCUCUAGACCAUCUUUUGGUUGAUAAAGUCUUAGGUGAGCUGGGCUCAAGAAUAAAGGCCAAUCCUAUGGACAUGAAGAAGUCUGCGGAGAAUGGAAUUCCAAUUAAGGAGGAUGUGAAAAAUGUCUUUGAGGAGUUUAUGAAGGAAUUUAAAAAGAAAAUGGAGGAUAUUCAAGGAUAUGGGGGUGUGAUUAUUGAGAAAGGCAAACCGUCGAACCUCAUUCCCUUCAAGAUUGAUGGAGCGAGGGACUUUUCGACAUUUAAUGAUGCCGCAGAGUUUUUCUUUCAGAACAGGAAGAAGUUUGGGAGGAAUGAUAGAGAAUCAAAGGUGGACAAGGUGAGAAAAAGGCAAGAGAAUUAUAUGAAGGAAAUGGAGCAAGAGAGACAGUCUUAUAGAAAGAAGGCUGAGUUAUUAGAAGAAAAUGCGGACUUUGUAAACAAAAUACUGGAUAUUUUCAAGAUUGUUAAGAAAAAUAAGGUGAGGUGGACUGAUUUUGAAAAGUUCCGGGAGCAGGAGAAUAAGAAGGGAAACGAGAUUUCAAAGGCUAUUGUAAAGACUGACUUUAUAUCCCACACUUGCACGAUAGCUUUGGAAGGUGAAGAGAUUCAAAUUGAUUUCGAAACCUCUUUGUUUAGUAAUAUAAGCAGGUUUUAUCAGAAAAAUAAAAAACUUGAAGAAAAGAUUAAGAAGACCAGAGAUAGCCUUGAGGAGGUACUGAAGAAAGUGGCACCUAAAGUAGAAACAAAAAAGGUUACACGUGCUCUGUAUUGGUUUGAGAAGUUCCACUUCUUCUUUUCUUCUGAUGGAAUACUUGUGAUAGGAGGAAAGAAUGCACAGCAGAAUGAAAUUCUUGUCAAGAAACAUCUAGAACCUACUGACCUAUAUUUUCAUGGAGACAUGCAUGGAAGCUCGAGUAUUAUUGUCAAGAAGCCCACCCAAAAGACAAUAGAAGAGGCGGCAUCGAUGGCCUUAUGCAUGUCGAAGUGUUGGGAAGCUAAUGUUGUUUCUCCUGUCUGGUAUGUGUAUGGGGAGCAGGUUAGUAAGACUGCGCCUUCUGGAGAGUAUUUGACGAAAGGGUCUUUUAUGAUAAAGGGAAAGAAGAAUUAUGUAGAAUGCCACAAGAUUGAAUAUGGAUUAGGAUUGCUAUUCAAGGUUUUGAAAGAGAUUGAGGAAGAGAUAGAGGAUAUGAAUAUUGAUGAGAAGGAAAACCACAAGUUUGUGAGUGAUCCUGAAGGGAUGGAGAUAGUCCAUUCGAUGCCUGUGUGUGGGCCCUGGAGCGUGAUAUCCACAUACAAAUACAAGGUCAGGCUUGUUCCUGGCAGAGAAAAGAAAGGCAAGCUAAUUCAGGAGAUAUCGAAAAGGUUUAUUGGGCAGGCACCGGAUAAUGAGAAGAGCUAUGUGAGAAGUAUAUCUGUGGAAGAGUACAUAAAUGUUAUGUUUGGGAAUGUCAGGAUAGGAAAGUGA